AUGAUCACAAACGACGGCGCGACCAUGUUGAACCAGAUGAGCGUCAUGCACCCGUCGGCCAAGAUGCUCGUCGACCUCGCGCACGCCCAGGACAUUGAAGCUGGAGACGGCACAACAUCCGUUGUCGUCAUUGCAGGCAGUCUGCUGGGCGCAGCGGAGCGGUUACUGGGCAAGGGCAUCCACCCCACCGUCAUCUCAGAAGCUUUCCAGCGCGCAGCACAGGAGGCGAUAAAGAUCCUCGAGGGCAUGUCGAUCCCCAUCAACCUCGCAGACAGGCAGGUCCUCCUCAAGACCGCCGUCACCGCCCUUUCCUCGAAAAUCGUCGCACAAGAGCCCAAGCUGCCCAUCAUGGCCGUAGACUCGGUACUCAAGGUCAUCGACCCCAAGACUGCCGAUAACGUCGACCUCAAGAACAUCAGGAUGAUCAAGAAGGCCGGCGGAACCAUUGAAGACAGCGAGAUGAUUGACGGACUCGUGCUCAACCAGCCAGUAGUCAAGAGUGCAGGAGGACCCACAAUCAAAGAAAAGGCACGGAUAGGCUUGAUCCAGUUCCAGCUCAGCCCGCCGAAACCAGACAUGGAGAACCAGAUUGUCGUCAACGACUACAGGCAAAUGGACAAGAUUCUCAAGGAGGAGCGCACAUAUCUGCUGAACAUGGUCAAGAAGAUCCAGAAGGCCAAGUGCAACGUCCUCUUCAUUCAAAAAUCCAUCUUGCGAGACGCCGUAAACGACCUCAGUCUGCAUUUCCUGUCAAAACUCAAGAUUCUUGUCAUCAAGGACAUUGAGCGCGACGAGAUCGAGUUCAUUUGCAAGAGCACCGGCUGCAAGCCAAUCGCCGACAUCGACUCUUUCACCGAGGACAAGCUUGGCUCAGCGGAUCUUGUCGAGGAGGUGCAGGCAUCUGGCGCACGCUACGUCAAGAUCUCCGGCGUCAAGUCUGCUGUCAACACCGUCUCCAUCGUCUGCCGUGGUGCCAACAACCUCAUUUUGGACGAGACCGAGCGCUCUCUGCAUGACGCACACUGCGCCAUCCGCUCACUAGUCAAGAAGAAGGCUCUGCUUGCAGGUGGCGGUGCCCCAGAGAUUGAAAUCGCACAUCAGCUCUCCCUUCGCGCACGGGAACUUUCAGGAACAGAAAGCAUCUGCUGGAAGGCUUUCGCAGACGCCAUGGAAGUCAUCCCCACCACACUUGCCGAGAACGCGGGUCUCAACAGUAUCAAGGUCGUCACCGAGCUCAGGCACAGGCACGCACAGGACCAGCGAAAUGCGGGUAUCAGCAUCAAGAGUGGGGGCGUCAAGAAUGACAUUGCAGAGGAGAACGUUCUGCAGCCCUUGUUAGUCAGCACCAGCGCCAUUGAGCUGGCUGCUGAGACGGUCAAGAUGAUCCUGCGAAUUGACGACAUUGCCUUGUCGAGGUAA